AUGUCAUUUGACAAUAGAACUCAGGUUAUUCAACGGCCAAUGUCUAAGUCCAAUGUAAAAGACCUCGAGAGCUGUUGGAUUAUCAGCAUUGGGAUAUCAGAAUUGUAUAAUGACUCCCUUGCGCGACAAGACAAGCGAAAUUCUCAGUAUCAACUUAGCAAUUUUCUGAUAUCCAUGCCUAAAGAUUCGCGAGUGGAACUUCUAUGCGCAACACUCCAACUCCAGUCGAAGUUUCUAAAGCACUCAAACUAUGUCAAUCGUGCAAGACAUAAAGACAUGUUCUCCUCUUUUCCCUCAGGGUCUGCUGGCCGCAUGUACUAUUCAUAUUUUGAUCAAGUUGACAAGAAUCUACCGACGCAGUUUCAAUACCAUGCUGGCUGCAAUGAUAGCUGGCAAAUUAAUCAAAAGGUCAACACGCAGAAAUUUAAUGGAUCUACUCCACCUCACCACACCGAGCAAGGUACGACGACGUGUUUUAUGGAUCCUCGGGUAUCGCCCGACAUCGUGCAGACCUUGCGGCUCGCUUCUCAAGCUGGCACGUCAACAAACGGUGGUAUGGUUGUGGCCGUGCCAGUUUUGUGCCACGAAGGCUGA